UGGCCACACAGUAUAAUCCUCUUUCAAAGGAGUCCCACUCCUCCUCCUCCUCUCUGGAUGAAGGUCUGCCUGUGAUGAUUAGCCUAAUGGAAUGAAUGAUUGUGGAUAGAUAAUAUGCAGCUGUGGCACGUCCGUGACUCAUCGUCGUGGGUGGAAAGUGACAUUCCUUGCAGGAGGGAACGCCAUGAUUGCAAACACCGUGCCUGUUGCGUUCUCUCCUGCUUGAGCUGGAGGAAGGAGCGCUGCUCAUUGUAGGAAAACCUGUUGGAUUCUCUAACUGGAUUUCUUCAGAAGUAUGCAAGUUUGGACGUUUGGCGUUGAAGGAUUUGGCAGCCGAGGAGAAUGAAUCUACGCCUGCAGGACUGAAUUGACGCGGAGGAGAGAUGCCGAGGACGACCCAAGGCUCCUUCGAUGCCAAUACCCAUUUUCAAAAUGAACCGCAUCAGUUUCCUCAUCCUCCAGCAUCGUCCUUUGGCUCCAGCGUGACUGUGGCCAGCCCAGCCAAGAGAAUGACUUUCUACAAGAGUGGCGACGCUCAGUUCCAAGGUGUCAAGAUGGCUAUCCAUAAGCGCAGUUUCAGAUGCUUUGAUGCCUUAUUGGAUGACCUUUCUCAAAAGGUUCCUCUACCUUUUGGUGUGCGUACCAUCACGACCCCCAGGGGGACUCAUGGUAUUAAACAUUUAGAGCAGUUAGAGGAUGGAGGCUGUUACCUGUGCUCUGACCACCGCUACGUGAAGCCAAUCAACAUGGAAGCAGCAGGGAAGAGGCCGGCGGUCUGGCACCAUCACAGCCACCCGCAUAACACUCGCCCCAAGCCCUCCCGACCAGAGGAGCCCCCCUCGGGACAUCAGCACCAACACCGGCACCCCAAAAGGAUAGUUCUUGUUAAAAACAACGACCCUACUGUUAGGCGAUCCAUCAUUCUGAGCAGACGAACUGCUCGGAGUCUUCGCGUUUUUCUGGACGAGAUUUCAGAACUCAUGCAAUGUCAUGUCAAGAAACUCUACACUCUCGAAGGACGUAAGAUUGACAAUAUUCAGAGUCUGAUGAAGUGUCCUAGUGUGCUGAUCUGUGUGGGUCGAGAGCUCUUCAGGCCGCUGCUCACUGAAAGCUUGAAGAAGCUCUCAGAUGAAACGCUUCCAGGAAUGAGCACAAGGUCUCACUCCAGUGAAUGCCAUGAAAGCAAAAAGAAUGUUAACUUUGGGAUAGAGACAAAGAAAAUCAUUAUCCAUCCACGAUCAGACUCCAGUAAUAGAUCUACAAGAUUCUCUCUUUCUUCAGAAAAGUCAUAUCAAAAUGGAUUAUGCACAACCCCAGGACAGUCUGGUUGCGUCAGCAACUGUCCUUAUGUUAAAGAAUUUGUAGUGAACGAUGACAUUAAGAAAAGAGUGCUUGUUAACAAAGACGGCAGCCUUUCUGUGGAGAUGAAGGUUCGCUUUCGGCUCUUCGACGAUGAGACUCUUCAGUGGUCUACCGAGAUCAAGAAGUCAUCAGCAAAUGUGAAUGGCUCUGUAAAAGAUGCAGAUUAUCUUCAAUCUAAAGCUGAGUAUUCAAACCCAGACUCCAUAUCUGCAUCUGAGAUGGAUGAAGCCUUUGCAACAAAGCUGCAUCAGAAGCAUAUCAAGGAAACACUUUGUCAGAACUGUUGCAAUCACUGCCAAGAGUAUGACAUCUGGAAAAACCCCAUGCACAAAGAACCGGGGGCCUGCAAAUCACCUAGUUCCAGUGCAUCGUCUCACAAAGUUGUACAUAAGAAGUCAUCGGUGGAUAGUACGCAAACAAUUUCUCGUUCCAGUGGCGAGUGCACUGAGCAUGUGGUGGAAAAGGCCUCGUGCUUUCAGCAGACAAUGGAGGAAGGAGACAGUAGAGUAGAAUACUGUGCAAUAAGUCAUUGCUGUAAUCGAAGUGAAGUAUCAUCUGUUAGCAUAACGUCAAAGAGUAAGAGAUCUUGUGAGGACAACUGUGAGAGUCAUGUUAAAACUAAAUGUUCUUAUAUGGAAGCUAAAAUCUCUCCUACUCCACAGUGUGAGGUCAUUAAGGUCAUGGAAGAGCGUCCAGUUUCUGUGGUCAGCAACUCGUCCAAAGUGCUUGAGUCUUUGAAGGAAGAUCAGGAUGAUGAAUACGAUGACCUGCCUCCAAGUGUCUCAAGAGCAUCACACUGGUCUCAAAGUAACCAUCUUGAGAGUGAUGAUAAACCCAAAUGUGUUCAUUGUUGUGGCUACCAGUCUUCAUCAAGAUCUUAUUUGUCCCCCAGACCUCCAAGUAAAGAAACAAGCAGUGCUGUCCACUCACUUAAACUCAAAAUAUCUAAAACCCCUUUUGCAGCACCAGCACAGUCAGAUGGGAUGAGUACGACAUCUCCGAUAUCAAAAGCAUCCUUCAGAUCCCAUCCAUGUCACUGCGGAGCCAUAAUCCCAAGUUCAGUUGCAUCUGGUAGGCAACACGGGUCUGAGGGAGAGGCUUGUAGUGCAAAUUCCAGACAUAGCCAAGUAUCUUGUAAAUUUAGAGUCCAAACAAACAGCCCUGAAUCCAAUGCAUCAGAUGCUCUGCAGAUAUGUGACGAUGUCGCUGCAAACAGAUCUUUAAGUGCCACAUCAGGUGUGUCAAAGCGAUCUGGUGAGCCUGGUGUAUGUUCAUGCUGUGGUGGGCAUAAAAGAUUGAAUGGGAAUCCAGUGGGGAGUGAACCAGAGAAAGCUGAUUCCAUUUUGUCGAAGCCAAACAAAUCUUCAGCAUCCACUUCAAAUGCUCUUGAAAACUGUGCACCAGUUAAUGAUACAUCGGAAAGGGAAGUCACACGGGAAUGCUCUGAGUCUGCACUGUCUAAAAAUUCAAAUGCCUCUUCUACUUCUAAAAUCUCAAAAAAGUCUAACUGCUCAACACAUGAAGUGUGUUCUGUUGGGAAAUCAUCAAAAUCUGAUCAUAAUGAAGCAGAACGUGUUGGAGAAAGAACCAAAAGUGCCACGCCAGCAAAGUUAGAUGGGUCAGACUGCAUUGUUUCAGAGAGAGAGCCCACACCAGCCUCCGUCCUGACAGAAAUGGAUAAAGCUGAAGAAAAAAUCCAAGAAAGAGCUGUCAGCCCAAUGUCAGCCCAUUCAGAUUUAUCAGCUGCCUCAAGGAAAUCCCACACACCAAAGUCUGCACAUUCAGAGAAAGCUAAAAUGCCUAGAUCUUGUAGUCAAAAUGAUUUAGAGGAAGUGCCAUCAAACUUAUUUAGUUCUCAGGGUGAUAUAUCAGAAAGUGCUGCUACUCAGAGUCAUACUAUGACAGAUAAUCAUUGUGGGCAAGACAAAGAGUUUCCUCAAGAAGUGAGAUCAGCUAGUGUCAUGUCUAAUAAAUCAAACCAAACUUCUGAACAUCCAUCGCAUGCAUCAGAGCAAACAGCUAAGUCUGUCAAAUCUUGUUGCAAAGACAAAGUCACUCAAAAUAUCAGUGGUCCUGACUUUCAGUGUGAGCCGGAAACUGAGGUAACCACUGAACCAAGAUGCAGCCCACUGUCCAACUGCUCAAAAAUAUCUGUAAAGUCGCAUGCAUCCUCAAAGAAUUCACACGCAGAAUCUAAAUCUGAGCAAAGAGUUCCCACUGCUCUGUCUGUUCACACAAACACAUCUAAAGGAUAUUGUAGGUCCUGCAAAUCAAUCUACAAUGUUCCAGAAACCACAGUUACCUCAGAACCAAAUGAUGCAACACCUAAUGAAAGUGCACCUCCAAAAACUAAGUCAAACAGAGCCAUCAGUGCAAUGUCUGAGACCUCAGAAAAAUCUAAUGCCUGCUCUGAAAGAUCUGUAAAAUCCAAUGUAAAGAGCCUUGCAUCUCAGGAGGUAAAUAAUGGCAAAGAUGUGACACAGAAUGCCUUAUCUGUGACCUCUCCAUUGCCUAGGUCAAAGAGGUCUCCAUCCAACAGAUCAACCCACAACAAUGAAAUUAAGAAAACUAAGAGCAGAGCACCAAGUGGGAUGUCAGUAAGCUCUAACAUAUCCUUGCAAUCCCAAAGAUCAAGUAGAUGUCAUUGGCACAGCACCUCAAGUGGUAAUUUGAGAGAGACAAAGAUUGAGAUGCCAAAAGAGGAUGCCAAAGGUGAAUCCGAGAGCUUGUCAGGAAAAUCAAAACUGUCAACUAAAUCUCUUAUAAAUAACAUUAAGUAUUCAGGCAAUCAAUUAGAUGAACCUCUAAGCCCUACAUCAACAGCAUCUGUUUCUCUUGGACUGGUAGAAGAGCACAAGGGUGAUGACUUUGAUGAACGAUCAACCAGUGGCAUGUCACACAGAGAAACAGAGGAAGCUGGAUAUACGUUAGAGACUGUAAAUGGAGUGGAUGCAAAGGAAAGGCCAAGGACAGAAAUGUCUAUGAACUCUGCAAUUUCAGACAAAUCAAAAAAGUCCCAUCACAAGAACUGUAAGACUCCUGUUCAAGCCCUAUCGCCUGUCUACACGGAAAGUGCCAAGUCAGCAGAUCUCAAGAAAAACAAAUCAGGAAACAAUAUCAGAGUGCCCUCCACUUCAAGAAGUAAGUCACCCUCGAGAGUUUCACAGGGAAGCACUAAAAAUACAGCUAUGAAAGAGAGAGAUUUUGAAACUGUCAACAACAUCAACCUUGCAGACAUUAAUGAAACAUCUUCAAAACAUGACCAAAGUGAAAUAACCUCUGGAAAAGCUACCCCAGAAAGUGACUGUUUAAACUCUUCAAAGUCCAAAAACGGGCACAGUACUAAAGAGAGUGAUAGAGUUAAAUGCAAAAGAUCUAAGUGUUCUUCCCAGUGUUUAUAUGAAAUAAAUGGGCUGAAUAUAAAAUAUAAUGGAGGCAAUGAUGGUGGCACUUGUAAGUCAUCCACAUCAGACAGAAGAUCUGUCAAAAAUGAAGCAUCCAGAUCAAGUACAGCAGGGAUGUCUGAUAUUCCCCAAAAUUGUAGAAGUCUACCACAGGAGAUGCCAAACAAGAAUAUAGCAUCUCUCAAGCAUCCUGGUUCCUCAAGCGACAGUGUCUUAUCUCGGGCACUUUCAGCAGCAGAUCUGUUGAAAGAGAUUGUCUGCAGUGCAAGACCAGUCAGCAGAGGAUCAAAGUCAGUUGCCUCCAGCAAAAAUGUCAACAAGGUAGAUAAUAAAAGCCAAAAAAGCAGCAGGAGCAAACACAGCAAAGUCAGCAUCCCAUCAGAGUGCAACAACAAGGAACUGAUGCCGUCAUGCUUACCGAACACAUCCUCUACGGAAGUUGUGAGUGAAUGGCUGAGGAACAUUCCCAUUGAUGGCCUUGUUUAUGAAAUGGAUGUGGAACUCAAUGAAGAUUUGACCCUGGCUCAAGGUGGUCAGGACACUUCUCAAAGAGACCAAGUUGGGGCAUUAAAAAGCAUAAAAGAGGUUGAGAAACCCCAUGAUGAUCAGACAGAGGAUACUCAUGUUCAGCUGACAGAGUUGUGUGACAAAAGAGCAAAAUUGGAAGUAAGCAUAAUGGAAAAGCAGUGUCAAUCUUCGGUUCAGGUCAUGAAGGUUUUACUGGGUCCAAAAUUAGACAGAACCAGUAGUUUACCUGAGGUAUCACCUCUAUAUGGCAGAAAAUUAAGCCAGUCUGCUCAAGGGCUGUUGGAUUGCUUUGCAAAUUUACGACUGAUUGACUCAGACUCUAAAAAUGAAAAGCAUCAUAAAUAUAAUGAAAUCAUGUUGAUCCUACAGUCGCUCUGGCUCCAAAAGCCCCCUGAGGAUGAGCAGAGAAAACCUUACACAAAGGAGCAUCCCUCUGCUGAAGAUGAAUUUAACCCACGGUCUUCAUCUGGAGUUGAUGUAAGCAGUGGCUCCACAGGCUCUUUUAAAGGUAGCAUUAAUGGCAUAUUAGAAAAAACAGAGACCACACAAAGCACAACACCACCAAUUGCUGAACGAAAGGGCUCACUGCAAGAUAAAGAAGAAGAUGAGGUAAAAUCUACAGCUCAAGCAUGUGAAUGUUUAGAUCCAUCCAAAGUCCCCUCAGAUCCAGUAACUCUAGACCUUGCAGAACGAGUCCAGGGAAGUCCAUUAAAUGCACAACUGGAUGAUGACCAAGAAAAUGGUGCAUUGCAAGAAGACGAUGAUGAAAGCAGUGAGAAGAAUGAAUCCGAUCAAACGCCACAAACAACUUUUUACAAGAGCUCUGGGAAUGAGAGUAAUACUAUGAGAUCUCAAGAAAAUACAAGCUCAGACACUCCACCGUCUGUUCAGAGAGCUCCACUUACUAAAAGAGUUUCACAAGACCCAGAUCCCAUUUGGGUGAUGAGCUUAUUAAAAAAGCUAGAACAGCAGUUCAUGUUGCAUUACGCAGAUGCCAUGGCAGAGUUCAAAGUGAGGUGGGAUCUGGAUGACAAUGAGAUGCUCGAUAAAAUGAUAACUGAGCUGAAAGAGGAAGUGCAUAAACGGAUUCAAUCAAGUAUUAGCAGAGAACUGCAAAAAAUCCAAAGUCGGGCUGGCAGGGGUCCGAGACCUCCGGGAAAUACUCUAUCAAGAGACUCAACAGUACAGACUGAGCAGCGACGCAGGCGUCUUCGGGUCAUGCGCAAUAAGUCAAUUUUUUCAAGAAGUGAUGAAAUUUACACAGCAUCGGGUACAGAAAACAGCGAUCAGCGCAGUGACGAUGAAUACUGCCCAUGUGAUGCAUGCAUGAAAAAGAAAAUGACAUCCAGAGCAGUCCAGCCAGCUCAGGCUUUGAGUUUAGCUCCAGUUAUGAUAGAAUUUGAUCUGCGCAAAAUUUUGCAGAUGAAAAAGGACCCAGCCCAACCUACAGAACCAAAGAUGGAAGAACAACACACCACCAGAAUGAUUUGUGCAGUUAAUAAAGAAGACAGCAACUUAGAAGUGGUCUGUGAAGCGAUAGAGGAAGCAAAUGACAAUACUAGAGGACAUAAAUUUGAGAUGGCAGAUCAAGAGCCAGAAGGUGUUGUCCGUACAGUAGAUGAAGACAAAAAUGCAGGAAACAUCAAAGAUGUGUCUGUAAGACUCUGAGACAAGAGAUACAAAUGAAGAGGAAG